UAAAGGACAAUGAGGAUGAAACAUGUAGUGUUCAAAUUCAAAAAGGAAAAAAACGUCAGCGCCAGCCAGAGACCUGGAAGUGUAACGUCCGAAAGCUAAACAAAUUAAAAGGAGAAGAACAUAAAACUUCAAAAGGAAAUGUCGUACUAAGGAAGACGAUCGUAUCGCCUAUAUGCAGAUGUAAAAUGGCUUGCUAUAAAAAGUUCACAAUCGACCAACAAACUGAUGUGUUAAAGACCUUCAAUGGUAUGGAUUCUAAAAAUGAACAGGACCUUCAUUUACAACGGCUUAUGGAAUGCUUUCAAAUAAAACGCAGAAGAGGACAAUUAGAGAAACGUAAGGCUAGUUUCAAAUUUUUUUGUCUUCGCAAUAAUGAUCGAGUUGCAGUAUGCCGACAAGCAUUUAUGAAUUUGCAUGUUAUCACCCAAAAACGUGUUUAUCGGAUCACAACCUUACUUGCUCAGGGGUUAACUCCAAAAGAUAAAAGAGGGUUGAAUGUUAAAUCUCAUUGUAUCUCUGGGGAUAUUUGCAAACAAAUCCACGAGCACAUUAGCUCUUUUCCCACCAAAAGCACCCAUUAUGGACAAAAUGAAAUAUCUUAUUUGGAUGCAAGACUUAAUGUAAAAAUUAUGUACCAGCUAUUUAAAUCACUUUAUCCAGAUUCAACUGUCAAGUACGAAUUUUACCUAAAGUAUUUCCACGAGAACUUUAACCUGCGAUUUGGUCGGCCACAAAUUGAUGUUUGUUCAUCCUGUGAAGAACUGGAAACCAAAUUAAAAAAUCCGCAUUUAUCUCAAACUGUAAAGCUAACUGUAGAAGGUGAACUUCAAGUUCAUAAAAGAAGAAGUAAAAAAUUUUAUAACGAGCUAAGAGCCACUCGGGAACUGUGCAAGUCCGAUGAAACAGUAUGCGGGCUUGUAUUUGACUUCAUGCAAAACUUGCCAUUGCCCCAUAUUCCCGUGCAAGAAAUUUUCUACAUGAGGCAAAUAUGGGUAUAUGCUUUUUGUGUUACAAAUUUAAAAGAUAACUCGACACGAAUGUAUGUAUAUUCCGAAGGGACAGCCAAAAAAGGCGCAAAUGAAGUGUGCAGCUUUCUUCUGGACUACAUAACAGAGUGUGUCCCAGAAACAGCAAAAACAUUGCUUUUGUUUUCCGAUUCCUGUCCGGGUCAGAAUAAAAACCAUACCCUAAUUCGUUUUUGCUUGGGUUUGGUUGAGUCAGGGAGAUUUGAAAAUAUUAUCCAGAGAUUCCCCAUAAGAGGUCAUUCAUUCCUAGACUGCGAUAGGACAUUCGGCUUGUUUAAACGAAGUAUAAAAAAAGCAGAUCGCAUUUAUCAUCCCAUGGAAUAUGUUGAGUUAAUGGCCAACGCAAAAUCAAACAUAACAGUAAAAGUAAUCCGUACAGAAGAUAUCAAGGACUUUAAUAAGUGGUGGCCAACAUUAUACAAAAAAACAGUGCUAUCAGCGGAAUCGUACGGCAGAAACGUUCCCCGUCAACAAAAGCAAAGUUUUACACCAGCCUCUUUCAUGGAGUUCAAAUAUCUCCAAAAUGGUAGUCUGCAGACAUCGGAGUUUAUCGGGGGCUUAAAAAAGCACACCUUUCAGUUAAAACAACCAGGAAUCAGACCGAAUCCUUCAAAGAUAUUUGAUGCUUUGGACAUUGCAUAUCCUGAAAAAAAAGUGCCAAUUAAUAAGCAUAAAGUUGAUGCUGUCAGAAAUUUGCUAAAAUAUAUUCCCGAAGAAAAUGAAGAUUGUAGGAAGUUUUAUGAAGAUUACCUUACUUGGCCUACUACUAUGGAAGAAAAUUAG